ACCCCCAUACCUGCUUCAGGGCAAUGUCUCCCACCCUGCUCCUGUCCUAUUUAUAUUAUUAGGUGAGUAAUGGGUAUUGGAUUUAACGGGGUUUUUGUUAUCCCUAAUAUUUGUCCCCUACACGAUAGAUGACAUCAUGACUCCAAUCAUUCAACAAUUUCUACAGCUGAACUGCAUUGCUCGUAGACAAGUUAAAGAUCAUAUUUUUUUACUAGGUUUAUAAGUCGUCAUAAACCAAUCUGGCCAAAAAUCAUGGCAUCCCUGUCUCACACCGGACAACCAUUAUCAAUGUAACAAUUGCUUUACCCUUCUGAUUUCUGAGAAUAGAAUAUAUGAUGAAGAGAAGGAUUUUGUCACGAACUUGACUAUUUCAAGGAUCCCAGAGAGAGUUCUCUCAAAUCCGUCCUCUUGGUCUAGUGAAGCAGUAUGUCAUGUGAGACUAAAGCUUGGUUGGCUGCAAGUGAUUCAUGAAUAUAGGCAUGACUAAAUUGCUAGCUUCUUAACUACUCAAAAAUAUCGCAGUGUGGAUCUAAAUACAAAACUUAGGAAAUCACCCAAGAAAGAUUAACACGGAGUUUGAAAAACAGAAACUUUUAUUGCUCACAAUUUCUCUCUACAACUUGAUUAUUGCAAAUGUUCUCUUUAGCCUUAGUUGUAAGUUAUAACCUCCGCAAGUGGACAUGGGUGAUAAAUUCGAAUGAAGGUUAAGAGAGGCUUCCACAGAUACUUCUAUACAAAUAUCCUAGAUGUUUACAACAUAGGUAGGCUUCUAUAGAAUGUUCUUGAAGCUCUUGGAACUGAUAUCCCUCCUUCUUUAUGGGGAUUUAGGUAGAUUUGUCGGCGUGGUUUAUGCACACUGUGUUGUAUCAUAUCUUGGCCGCGUUUGGCUGUGGCUAUGGCUUCUGCAGUAUGCCUUCAGGUCUCAAGUCGCCUACAGCUUUCUGGAGCUCCUGUUGUCUGAAAUCUGCUCUACUGAAUUGUCAAGUAGAAUUGUGAAUGAAAACUUACGUGGAUGCCAAAUUUGCAAGAGAGUGCAUGAUGUUAGAGAAGUACUCUAUUCAGUGUUUAGUUUCUUUGCAUCAAUGCGAUCGAAAUUAAUUUCCUCUGAAGUUCGUCUUAUAAAGGAACUUUAUGGAAAUCAAGUUGGAGAACUUUAUAACAGUCUUCCGUAUCAUAUGGUUGAAUUUGUGCUUGAUGAUUUCGAUUGCAAGGUUACAUUGAGUCUUAAGUACGCGGAUCUUCUGUCCAUAGUUCCGACUGAGGUCAGUGUCCUUGUAUGGCCGAUGCAUCAAUCAAAGAAGUCGAUCAGUGCUGUAACAAUGACUAGGAAGGAGAACGAAGUGCUGGGAAGUCAACCUAUUCCUACUCGUUUGUCAUAUGCAGAGGAUGCAUUACGAACUAUGAGUUUACCUGAAGCUUAUGCGGAGAUUGUUCUGAACUUGCCCCAGGUUCUUAAAGAAAUUUAUCCACAGCAAUAUUUUGCCUAGUACUCCUAUUGAAAUGUGUUCUCAGGGCUCUAAAAAUGGUGUGAGGGUUGGGGAGAGGGAGGAUAGGGAUUAUCAGCAAACAACUUUUUUCUUUGACAAUUAGGUCCGUAACACUAGUCUCUAAUAAACUCGAUUAAGUGUGUCCGAAUGCUAGAGAAUCUUCUUAAAUAUAAAAUAAAAUUCUACAAUAUGUAAUCACAACAGAAGCAGCAUAAUGCAAAGAAAUGACGUGAACGAGAUUUUCAACUAUAAUUCUCAUGAGUUGUAAGAGAAAUCUCAACCUCAAGAACUUGUUCUUCAAGAUGCCAGAAAUGUCUGAUGGGGGCACUCUGAUAAAUCAUAAAUGUAGGAAGAGGAAACACUAUCGCGGUUAGCAUACAAAGUUUCUAUAUCAUUACUGAGAUGAUUCUAUCUUCAAGACAAGCAAUAUAAUUAUAGCAUGUUGUCUCUUGGCAACAUCAUGAUCUUAUGGCUUCCAGUUUAGAUGUAAUUUUUUGCUUUAGUUCUUGACACGUUGAGAAAAAAAUUGAUUGCUUAACUACU